AUGGCAAUGGCACAUCAACAAGUUUUCUUGUUUGCAUGUGCCAUUGCUCUUCUUGCUUCUUCAUCAAUGUUUUCUGCUGAAGUUAUUGAACAUUCUUUUCAUGUACAAAACCAUACUAUAAGCAGGUUAUGUGGUAGACAAGUUAUAAGUGCAGUAAAUGGAAGUCUGCCUGGUCCAACUCUACAUGUACGAGAGGGUGACACCCUUGUUGUUCAUGUCUUCAAUAAAUUACCAUACGAUCUAUCUAUUCAUUGGCAUGGUGUUUUUCAACUAUUGAGUGGAUGGGCGGAUGGCCCCGAGUUUGCAACCCAAUGUGCGAUCCGACCCGGGAAUAGUUACACAUAUAGGUUUAACCUAACGGCACAGGAAGGAACCCUAUGGUGGCACGCACACGUAUCAUGGCUACGAGCCACAGUUCAUGGUGCCCUCAUCAUCCGCCCUAAACGUGGUCGCGCUUAUCCUUUCCCUAAACCUUAUAGAGAAGUUCCUAUCCUCUUAGGAGAAUGGUGGAAUGCCAAUGUUGUCGAUGUGGAGAAUGAAGGGCUUGCUAGUGGUGCUGCACCUAAUAACUCAAAUGCUUAUACUAUUAAUGGCCAGCCAGGAGAUCUUUACCCUUGCUCUUCUAGUAAAACAUACAAGCUAAUAGUGAAACAAGGAAAAACCUAUCUCCUUCGUAUAAUCAAUGCUGCACUCAAUAACCAAUUAUUUUUCAAGAUAGCAAAUCAUAAUAUGAAAGUUGUUGCGGUAGAUGCUGCCUACACCAACCCAUACAUCACUGAUGUAGUUGUGGUGGCUCCGGGUCAGACGACUGAUGUCCUCCUGACCGCCAACCAAGCGCCUUCAGCGUAUUAUAUGGCUGCAAAUCCCUAUGUUAGCGUGGCCGGGGUACCAUUUGACAACACUACCACCACCGGAAUAAUAGUCUACGAAGGUGCAAAAUCAUCAACUCCAAAAAUGCCAAUCCUACCAGCAUUCAAUGACACAACAACAGCCCACAAAUUCUUCACCAAUUUGACUGGGCUUGUAACUGGGCCAUUUUGGAUUCCUCCACCUAGACAAGUGGAUGAGCACAUGUUUAUUACUAUUGGGUUGGGCCUACUUGCUUGUGGAAAAACAGGAAAUGCAACAUGUGGAGGCCCAAAUGGGCAAAUAUUUGGUGCUAGUAUGAAUAAUGCAUCAUUUCAAUUACCAACCAAGAUGUCAAUGUUAGAGGCAUUUUUCAAUAAUGUUAAAAGAAUUUACACUACUGAUUUUCCAAACCAACCACCACUGAAAUUUGACUAUACAAAUCCUAACAAUAGCUUUAAUCCUUCAAUUAUAAUGACUACAAAAUCUACAAAGGUGAAGAAACUCAAGUACAAUGCAACUGUUGAAAUUGUGAUGCAAAAUACUGCUUUGAUUGGGGUGGAAAAUCAUCCAAUUCAUUUGCAUGGAUUUAAUUUCCAUGUUUUGGCUCAAGGUUUUGGCAAUUAUGACCCUACUAUUGAUAAAAAAAAGUUUAACCUUUUUAAUCCACAAGAGCGUAACACUAUAGCUGUUCCGGUUGGUGGAUGGGCUGUUGUUAGAUUCCGAGCUAACAAUCCAGGCGUAUGGUUGAUGCAUUGUCAUUUGGAUGUGCAUUUGCCUUGGGGAUUAGCAACAGCUUUUGUUGUAGAGAAUGGGCCAACACCAUCAACUAAGCUACCUCCACCACCACAAGAUCUUCCAAAAUGCUAG